AUGACAUAUAGGCUGGAAGGCAUUGGUGAAUGUAUCUUGGCUGACGAUGAGGACAUGAUGUCGAUGUUUGAAAUGCUAUCAGAUCUCUCGUUGGAUUGUAUUGAUGUUAACAUUGAUGGAAAACCAGUAGAUUUGCCUGGACCGAAUGUAUUAUCUGCAGAGGUUGGUGGCUUCCCAUUGAUGUUGUAUGAUGAAGGUGUGGUCGUUAAUGAACGCAAUGUAGAGGGAGUGGCGGAUAAGGUGAAAGGCAGAAGAUUGCUGAGUGCGGAUUGGGCAUAUUUGAUUAAGGAUGUAGGUCAGAAUGAGACAACGAGAGUUACAGCGGAGUGUCGUUUCAAAAAUGCUAGCCAAUGUUCGUGGAGGAUACAUGCAUCGGUGGAUAAAUCAAAUGAUGACUGUUAUAUUCGGUCGUACAACAAACAUCAUCAAUGUGGAAUGUUUUUUGGAACAACUAGUAAGAGAAGAUUGAAUUCAGUUGUCAUCAUUGACCUGAUUGAAAAUGAUAUUCGUGCAAUGCCGGCUAUAACCCCAGGAGAAAUUCAGAGCCAAGUGAAUGUUAAAUUUGGUGUUGACAUAAGCUAUUGGGUUGCGUGGAGGGCUACCGAUGCGGGAAGAAGAAGGAUCUUUGGGGACGAGACUUCUUCAUAUUCCUACCUUCCAUCUUAUUUUGAUGAAGCGGGGAAGACAAAUCCUGCGUGUUUGGAUGGAUUCAAGUUUUGUCGUCCUGUUGUUAUGCUGGACGGCACAUUUUUGAAAGGUCUGUUCCCUAUUGCAUUUGCAAUUGUAAGUGAGGAGACUGAUUCGAACUGGUCUUGGUUUUUGAGUCAUUUUAGGGAUGCUAUUGGAAAUGAUAGGACACUCAAUUUCGUUUCGGAUCGAAACCACGGUAUCAUCGAGGGUGUUAGGAACAUUUUUCCUGACUGUUUGCACACAUAUUGUUACAAACAUUUGCAGAACAAUUUGAAAUACAGGUUCAGGGGUGUUCCAGCCGGCUUUCGUGAGACGGUGUUGCAACAAUUUGCGGUGUGUGCUUAUGCGACAACUAAGGAAAAAUUUGAUCGAUGUAUUGACAAGCUGAAGACUACUGGUGGGACGAAAGUUUGCAAUUUCUUAGAUGAUCUUCCAAAAGAGAAGUGGUCCAACGUUUAUUGCGAGGGUCAUAGAUACGGACAGAUGACUUCUAAUGGAUGUGAGUCGUGGAAUCAUCAAAUAAAGAAGCAACGUCACUUGCCGAUAACUAGUCUGAUUGAUGGCAUAAGGUUGUUGUUAAUGACGCAAAUGUGUAAAAGGCUAUGUGAUGGCAAUAGAUGGACGACUGUGUUGUGUGAAAAGACUGAGAAGAGAUUGAAUGAGGCUGUUGACAAGGGGCGUUCAUGGAUAUGCAAAAGAUCGUCUAUGCAUGUGUUCGAAGUUUUUUCGUCGCCAAAUGUUGUUGUUGAUCUUGGAGAAAGGACCUGCUCUUGUAGGCUGUGGCAAAUCAAUGGGUUUCCAUGCGCACAUGCUCCUGCUGUUAUCUUUGUUGAACUUCGUUGUGGGCUUGUUGCGUAUGAUUAUAUUGAUAGAUGGUACCAUAGAUCAACAUUUAAGGAGAGUUAUUCGGGCUCAAUUAUACCCUUUGUGAGACAAGUCUCAGAUCUUCAUGUUGCUGUAAUUGGACCUCCUGAAGUUAAACCAACACGUGGUCGUCCAAAGAGGAAAAGGAUUCCAUCGCAGGGUGAGUGUGUCCCCCGGAAAAUGACUUGCAGUCGUUGCAAAGAUCAAGGAAAUCAUAACAAGAAGACUUGUAGGAAGUGA